UCAACAGUCACGUCCUGAAAAGGAACAGAGCCUAUUAUUACAUACUUCACAACACCUUCGGUAGGCAGGACCGUUGGAAGGAUCUCGCGCUCUGCGCUCGUACAGAAGCUCCACACAGAACUUUGAAAGCCAGAUUCCAGUUGCAGCAUGUUACACAUUUGGCAUGCAGUGUCAAAACAUAACUGCGUAACAUCCAUCUAAUUUUCCGAACUGUUUUGGAAAACAAUUUCUAAUCCGCUGAUGCGAUAUUACCCCCUUUGGAAUGAUGUGGACCUUUCACGACUGUGUUGGAUUUGUUUUCGUUUCCAGUUUCUGUAUCCAAAUUGGAUUCUCAUUUGAAGGAAAGUUCACCGAUCUACCCUCAAAUAUAACGGCAAAGGAAGGUCAGAAUAUUGAAAUGGCGUGCGCCUUUCAAAGUGGAACGUCUUCUGUUUAUUUGGAGAUUCAGUGGUGGUUCAUAAGAGCUCCAGAAGAACAAAACACUAGCGAAGAAGAUACUGGCACACAGGUGGAAAUAUUCCCAGACAGUGACCCAGAUGAUGAAGGGACUAAAAUAAGUACAGUCAAGGUGCAGGGAAACGACAUAUCCCAUAAACUGCAGAUAUCUAAAGUUUCCAAAAGCGACGAGGGCUUAUAUGAGUGCAGAAUCACAGAUGCCAACUAUGGGGAACUACGGGAGUACAAGGUCCAGGCGUACCUUCAGGUGAAUGCCACCACCCGCCCACGCAACAAAGCCACCAAGAAGACCACACCUUUGCACCUGACAGAUAAAAAGCCACGGAAAAACACCUCGGCCAUGGCGCAAGACAGCGGAAAGAGCUCUGACCAGCGGCUCCACUCUACCUCCAGUUCCCAAGCCACACCAUCCAAAACAUCAAAACACAGCCCUGGAUCAGGUACGAGGACAGCGACAAGCCACGGACUUGCAGUCCUUCUUCUUGUGUAUGGCUUUGUGAGAGAGGCUGUACUAUAGUUUCAGGUGCUGACUUUUUCCAAAACCACUUUCUCCUCUUAAAGCCAAGAGAAAAUUGCCUGCUAUUUCCACAGAGCGGACAGCACAGCUGGCCCUACCUUCCAACCACCACUGCUCCCAAUGCAUUCGAAUGACCUACACCAGAAGUACCUUUAUCCAAAGGCAAAUCAGAAGGAUGGACUGUUGUACAAAGCAUUAUUUUCCCACUCCCAAUAAUCAACAUACAAGAGAAUUUGCAAUGUCUACAAAUUAUUUGAAACCUUUCACAAAUGUAUUUAUUUAUUUAUUUAAUGAUUUGUUUAUUAAUUAUUUUGCAGUACAUAUGCAUUACUAUGCCAUCUUUCAGUGGUUUCAAUGUCUAUGUUGUGUUUAAUUAUGACUUAGGUCAUAUCAAGCUCUGUAUUGCCAAAUAUACUCAUGACCAAUUGUUAUCCACAUUUUUUACUCUUCAAAAUAAAAAAUGAGUAUGUAUUGUGGUUCAAACUGUUCAAUCGCUGAUUACUUUUUGCUUAAAUGUGAGUUGUAUGAUAUGUAUUCUGCAAUUACAGUAAAUAAUCUAUGUUCUUUCAGAUGUAUUCUGUGUUAAUUGCUUUGUCGUACAUACUUUGUUUGGGUCAAUACUUGAUUAAAUGAAUGUGAACCUGUUUCUUAAGAAGAGCAUUUAUUAUUUUUAAGUGAGCAUUAAGAUGAUCCGAAUGAUUUGGAUUCAUACAUGUUAUGCAGUAAGUUUGUUUUGUUUUAUGCUAAAAUAGUUGUCAUUUUUGACAACCAAUUAUAUAAAAAUGAAAUUCAGUUAUAGUGAACCAUUCCUGAGUUAAUGUGAAUAGUCACAGGGAACAUGCAACAUAAUUGUCACUGCAGGUUAUUUAAUGAUUUAACCCUGGGUUCAGUGAACAUGUGCCAUGAUAUUUGUCUCACAAUUAAAUGUCUUUCAGUUAA